AUGGGAGAAAGGGCUCAACAACAGCAAACUGGCGGAUCAAUGAUCUUGGCAGCACUGGCUGCACCGCUGCUGGGAAUGAUGGGGCUCAGCUUCUUGGCAGCAUCGGCACUGCUGUUUAUAAGCUUGCCUCUGCUGAUACUUUUCAGCCCUCUGCUACUCUUUGUUGGGUUGUUUUUCUUGGUUGCCUUGGUCGGUUUUGUCAUCGCCGCAACCGCGGCUUUGGCCGGUGUCUCGACUCUAGCAUGGAUGUAUAGAGAAAUAAGAGGUAGUUUAGGAUUAGGUUCCAGGGGGAGUGAAUUGGUCCCUGUGAAGUAUUUGCAGCGAGACUGGCAAGAGAUUUCAACCAUCUGA